UAUAAUAAUCAAUUAAAAUAAAACUGUUAUAAGUACGAACGUUUAAAUGAAUCUCUAAAACAACUAAAUAGAUGUUGCUAAAAUUUUACAUAGAUUGAGGAACAUGUAGACCACUAAUUAAGUUUUUUUUAAGUCGCGCGCGACGACUAGUUCUCUGUAUUACCCAAUUGCGUCAUAACUAGAUUAUAUAUACAAAUGAAUGUUGUGUCUUUAUCUCUGCGGAGAGCAGUUCAACGGCUCGCGGAGCGCAACCAACAUGUUGCUGAUAAAGAGGCUACGUAACACCGCGCUACACAGACUAAAACGUGAAUUGUUAAACACAAACAGUUUAUCAUUUAGAAACGGAUCCAGCUAUCACAGCAUCGAAUCGCAACACGCAAUCACACUCGAAAUUAACGGAGAAACAUUAACAUUUCCACACGUGUGGCUGAGAGACAACUGCCAGUGCCACCAGUGCUUUCAUUCAACGGCGAAAAGCCGGAUCCUCGAUUGGACCAAAUUUGACCUUAAUUCUAAAGCAACGCAAGUUCAUAAAGACGAGAAUUUUGUGAGAGUAACAUGGGACGACGGCCAUACAUCGCAGUACCGCCUCGACUGGCUGAAGUUCCGAAGCUUCACGAAGAAAAAUCAACAGCAAUACGACACGGAGUUGUACAAGCCACCGAAAGUCACCUGGAAAGGUGAUGAUUUUCAAAAAAUCUGCAGCACCAAUGACUAUAGCGAAAUAAUAUCAAACGAUAAAGCGUUGUAUAAAUGGCUAAGUGAUUUAUCCACGUACGGGGUAAGUCUGAUUAAAAACACACCGAACGACGAAACCGCAAUCGAAGCUAUAGUGCAACGAAUCGGUUUCCCUAAACAAACGCACUAUGGUGUCAAAUUCAUAGUGCAAAACGUCGCAAACACGAGCAACGUCGCCUAUUUGUCUAGCAAUUUACAGAUGCAUACCGACCUACCUUACUAUGGCUACUGUCCCGGAGUUAACUUACUCCAUUGUCUGGUGCAGACGAAAUCAGAUGGAGGGGAAAAUACUCUGUCGGACUGCCAUUAUGUCGCUAACUACAUGAAAGAACAUCAUCCCAAUCAAUACAGGAUACUGGCCGACACGGAAAUUGAAUGGAGUGACAUUGGAGUAGAAAAUGGGAAUGAGUUUUACAAACUUUAUAGAUCGCCCGUUAUAUGCGUCGAUAAGCUUGAGAAUGUGACGAGGAUUAACUUUUCGAUACCACAAAGGGGCAGCCAUUUCCCUGGCCCGAUAGAGCUAGUCAGGCCGUGGUAUGAGGCUCACAGCCUGUUCUUAGAGCUAAAUCGUAAGUUUAGUGCAAAGUUCAAGGUGGAUACUGGCAGCAUUCUCGUAUUUGACAACAUCCGUCUGCUGCACGGCCGAAACCAAUACGAAGACCGCGCCAACAACAUCAGGAAACUAAUAGGAGCUUAUGUUGACUGGGAUGAAGUUUACUCCCGCUUGAGAGCUUUGAAAGUGAAAUUGGAAAAAAGAGAUUAUUAUUGAUAAAAAACACUAUUGUUAUUUAAUUAUUGAAAACAUUACAUCUACAGUAUUUAAACAGAUAUCACUGGUUUCAGAGACCAAAAUCUUAUCCCACCAGUCCAGGAUUCCAGUCUCAGUAACCCACAAUUAGUGACUUACACCGGAUAAUAAAACAGUGUUUUCUUCACUAUAAAAUAUGCAUGCAUUUCAAGGUAUUCUAAUCUAUCCAGUGUGACAUAUAUUUGCUACAAUUUAUUAAUUUAAAAGUAACAUUUUGAAUGGCCAUUAAAUCAUAUCAAAUUUA